AGUGAACCAGGCGCCCACAAGCACGCACUUCAGCACACCGUUCCUCUUCCUAUCCCUCUGCUUCCUUCAUCGCCAACCGCCAUCAUGGCUGAGAACAAGACUGCAGCUGCACUGAAGGACCUGGACGCCGACAUGCCCGAGUGGCAGUGCCCGAGCUUUGACGAGCUGAUGGUGCACGCGUGCGAGAACAUGCCUGUGGAGGCGGCGACGUGGUUCGUGGAGUCCCUGGCCCCAUACCGCGACGCUCUCACGCAAGGCGAGGGCACCAAGCGCAUCACCAUGAAGGCGUUCAACGACAUCCUCAAGGGCUUCUUCAUGCUGCUGCCCGUGCCCAACUUCCACCAGUUUGGCUUCUUCACCAUGCUGCAGCCGGCUUCGUUCCAGGAGAGCAAGGACGCCGCUGCGAAAGCCUGUGGGCCGUGGUCGCCCAUGGUGUGGCGUGCCGCCACCCUGGUGUGCGGCAUACGCGAGAUGAAGCGCAAGGCCCUCACCAACACCCUGCCGGACGAGGUGCUGGCCGGCCACAGGCAGACAAAGCAGCCCCUCGUGGAGAUGUGGACCAUGCGCCGUGCCCGCGGCAGCGCGGACGGCAAGGAGCACAUGGUGGAGAAGAGCGCCACCGCCGCUGGUGGUCGCUCGUGCCCCGACGACCUUGUGCUUGCCGUGACGUGCGGCACGGCCGUGUACGUGGUUCGCGUGCCCGCGGACGGCACUGCGGACGACGUGGCCGCCGAUCUCACCCACAUUGUACAAGCAGAAGAAGAGGAGGCCCAGCAGCCCGGCCAAGGCAGGGAAGCCGCCAACGACGCGCAGCAGCAGCAGCAGCUUGGGUUCUGCCAGCUGACGUAUGUGCUGCGGCCGGACCUCAUGACGGCGCUGGGCAGCGACGACACGUGGCACGCCAUCUGGGACGAGGUGCAGAACGCAGAUUUUGCCGUCGCCCUGUUCCCUCGCGCGGAUAGCGUGGCCCUGUGCCCAGAGGAUCCCGUGCACGGCGCAAUGGCGUUCCUGCGACCAGGCAAUGAGGGCGGCACCGUCGGCGACAAGAACACGCUGUGUGUGCUCGGUGACGGCGCUGCGACGUACAUCUGGGACCAUGUGCUCAUGGAUGGCGCCCCUGGCAUCUUUUUCGCAUCGCACGUGUACCAGCACGCAGACAAGCUCGCGUCCUCCCUCUCCUCAUCCUCAUCGCCAUCGACGUCGACGACGACACCGACGACGACGGCAGGGGACCUGCGCCGCAUUGCGCCACCGGCAGGCACGCGCUUUGACGACUGGAGCGAUGAGGUGCGCAGCGCGAUGCAGGCGGGUAUGGAACUCAGCCUGGAGCGCACAAGGCCGGAGACGACGUUUGGCACGCGGCACAUUGUGUCCGACGCCUUUGGGCGGGAUGCAGCUCGGGCAAAGGGCCUCUCUGUCGACGCGCUGUUCCAGGCCACGCUGCAGCUUGCGCUCGCCGACCUGGCCAUCCCCGAGCUGCAUGAGGUGACGGAGGUGGUGAGCACGCGGCACUUCCGCUACGGCCGUACAACCAACAUGACUGGUAACUCCGCCCUCAUGGACGCAUUUGUGGCCGCAGCCAGGGACGCCCUGUACGCUGAUGGUGGCGAUGGUGAUGAUGGUGAUGUGAAGGAAAGGCAGGAAGGAGGUGAUAACAGCGACAACGGCGGCGGCAACAGCGAUGCAGCUGGAGAGGAGAGGAAGCAGCUGCUGCUGCUCACAAAGGCUGCCCUGCUGCUUCGCGGCGCCGUGCACGUGCACAAGGAGCGAAUCAAGGCGCACAAGCGGUGCCCGCCCGUGUUUGCCAACAUGCUCAUGGGCUUUGGCGAACAGGCGCAGCGCGAGCAGGAUGCAAGGGCCACCUCGUCCACGGAGCCGUUUGACCUUUCACAGCGCUGCCUGGACUACUUCAUGCAGAUUGCGUCAUCUGAGCGCCCGCGCGCGUCCCGCUGCCUGAUGAUGGACAGCAUCACCAUCUCCAACGGCUCCGACAUGCCUGGCGUCGCCGUGUUUGGCGUGACCCCGUCUGCCCCGCUCGUCCUGGGCUACAUCAUGCGCGCCGAUGGCGUGGAGAUUGAUGCUAUAUCGAGGUGUGCAGACCUGAAGACGCCACGUGGUGUUCCCUUGCUCGAUGCGCUUCCACGCGCAUUCCACCGCGCCGCCCGCGCCGUCGCCGACCUCCUCAAGCUGCUGUAGGCGUGCGUGUAGUUGUAUGUUUGCAGCUGUGUGUUUGCGUGUGUGUGUGUUUGUAUGUUUGCAGCUGUGUGUGGGUGUGUGUUCGUGCGCGUGUGCUUGCAGCUGCGUUUGCUUGCAGCUGUGUCAGCGGGCACGUGUUACAACUUUCAUCCGCUUUGCAUGUGUCUGUCCGCACGUUUGUGUUCCUUCGUCGUUGCCCUUCUUAACUCGCGUUCCUUCUUCCUGUUCGUGGCCCCUGUUACGCGCCAUCGCUAAGCUCUCGUAGCUUGCUUGAGUUUGUUGUGCUUUUGUGUGUGUGUGUGUGUGUGCGUGCGUGCGUGCGUGUGUCGGUUACUUUCCUCUGCUUUUACGUGCAUGUUUGCUCGCUCGUUCGCUUGCCUUGCAGGGGUGCUGUUUGAAUGAAACCAUCGUGUACUUUGAAUAUCUGAC